CGAUGUCUUGGCAUAUCCCUGCCCACGUACAUUAGUCCUUCUCAGCAAACUCGAGGGAAGGCACAGGGUGUAAUCAUACCCAACGUGCCCUGGAACAUCACCCACAGAUAUCGUUAACGAAUUCGUAAUGGCAUUGUUUCACGCUGGUUCCAUAUACUGAAACGAAGACUGCUCACCGGGUGUUCUUCCCUCGUCCGAGCUGCACAUUAGAGGCGUCUGCACGUGAAUGCUGAGAGAAGAACGACGCUCUGUCUUAUUUGUAAUAGAUCAGUCACGUGGUAAAAAACAGCAACAUGCCUCCCCGCAAGAAACCUGCCAAACCAGCCGCAAAGCCAAAAAAUGAAGCCGAGGUAGACUCGGACAAGACUGAAGCUGUAGAGAAACUUGCCCUGGAUGAGGACUUAGAGGACGAGGAAGAUGAUGAUUAUGACCCUGAGGCAAAAGGCAGUGACGAGCAAUCGGAUAAUGGAAACGAGGAAGAGGAUGAAGAGGAGGAAGCAGAUAUGGAAGAUGAGGAAGAUGAAGAUGAAGAGAUAGAUGAAAGUGAGGUAAAAGAUGUAUUAAAUGACAAAGAUGGUGUUGAGGAUGGGGAUGAAGACGAUGAUGCGGAUGAGAAUGAAGAUGAAGAGGAGGAGGGGGGGGGAGAGGAAGAGGAAGAGGAAGAAGAGGAGGAAGAGGAAGAAAAGCCCAAAGCCAAGUCCAAACCCAAACCUCAGUCCAAACCAGUGCAGUCAAAAAAGCAAGUAGUGAAGGCUGUUGUAAAGAAAAGUGUUGCCAAAGCACCUGUGGAGAGUAUUGCAAAAGUUGUUUUAGAAGCAGUUAAGGCAAAUGCAGAUAGAAAAGGGAUUUCCUAUGCUGGUAUCAAGAAGUACCUAAUGGCACAGUACCCAGACCGAGACUGGUCCAAAAAAGGACACUAUCUUAAAUCUGCUCUUAAGAAGGCAAUUGAGGAGGGAACAAUCCUAAGAACUAAGACAAGUGCAGAAUCGUCUGGAGUACAUGGAAGAUUCAAGUUCAACAGGGAAUACAAAACCCUUAACCAGGGUGAGAAGAAACCCAAAGAAGAAAAGAAUCCCAAGGCUAAAAAGGAAAGUGCAGCAAAGCCUGAUAAAGAGAAGGCAAAGCUUAAAGCAAAAGAAAACACACAGGGAACUAAAACUGGCAUUAAAAAGACCACACCCAAAGGAAAGACCAAAGAUAAAGCAGCUCCAAACACCAAGAAAAAGGUGCCAAGUGAGAAAGAGAACAAAGUACCCCCCAAAGCCAGUAAGGUGAAACAGACCAAGAGUAAUGAGUUGGGGGCCGCCACCAAGGGCAAAGGGGCAGCAGCUAGUGCAACAGGAACCAAGAAACCGGCCAAAAGAACUAAUUCUGAGCCGACAAAGGAAGUAAAGACCAAGUCCAAAAAGGGGUCAUAAAUUAUGCAAUUUUCAACAGAUAAAAAUGUACAUUUUGGUUUUACUGUAUCUGUAAAAUAUAAUCCAAAGUUUUUCUAGGUUUUAUUUAGGUGAAGAAAAUGAAUUAUUAAUUAUUAAAUUCUUUGAUAAGACUAGUUUCUUGUCCAGAAAGUUUAAAAUAAAACUUUUUAGUAAA